CUCUCAUCACCCCUGGGCCCAGCCUUCACCGCAGGCUGGGGAAGUGUCUGCAGCCCGGGAAACCCGCGCCGCCCGGCCGGUGCAGUCCUUACCGUGCAGGCCGUUGGGGAUGCUGCGGUGGUGCGGCGGCGCCGACAGGUCGUCCAGGGACCGACGUGUGGCUCCUGCCUUGCCGUCAGGGGCCUUGUGUGGCCCGGGGGGCAGCAGCGGGGGUGGGACGUGGUGGUGGUGGUCGGGGCUGCCGCCGCUGCCCGCGCUGGACGUACUGCUGCCGUCGCCCACGUCGCGGGCCCCCGCGCCCGGCGCGCCACCCGCCAGGGGCCCGCUCAGGCUGGCCUGGCUGUCGAUGGAGCUGCGGGAGCCGGCGCCGCCGCCGCCGCUCCCUCCGCCGCCUGCGCCCCCAGCCGCCGCCAGUGCCGCGCGCUCCUCGUCCAGCAGCAACACCAGCUCCUUGAGCUCCAGGUUCUCGCGCAGCAGGGCCUCCUGGCGCGCCUCGAGCUCGCGCAGCUUCUGCUGCGAGCGGGCCACCUCGUGCCACACGGCGCCGGCCGCGUGGCGCCCGAAGCGCUGCCACUCGCGCGCCAGCUUGCGCCCCUUCUGCCGGUCGUCGUCGAGGAAGCAACAGAGCUCGCGCAGCUCCUGGUUGUCGUCCUGCAGCCGCUGGUUCACGUCCUUGAGGCCGCGGAUCUCCAGCAGGUGCUGCUGCAGGCGCCGGUUCACGUCGCGCAUCAGGCCGCCGUGCUCCAGCAUGAGGCCCACCUUCUCACCCUCCGCACGCCGCAGCCGCCGCGCCAGCUCCUCCUUGCUCCAGCGCAGCAGCUCCUCGUCCGGCACCUGGCUCAGCUCCUCCGACGCCGCCGCCGCCGUCGCCGUCGCCGCGGGCUUCGCCAUGGCGGGGCCGUCACCGCGGCAUCGCCCUCGCCCUCGCCCGGCCGGCGCUCCCAGCGCCGGGGUUCCGCUGGGCAGGUCCGCGCGCGGGCAGGGGGCGGCCGGGGGCGCGUGCGGCCCGCCCCACGCCGCCUCGCUCGCCCUCUCGCCGCGCCCGCCGGGGCUGCCCGGGAUCCCGCGCCCCUCGGGGCUGAGCGAGCGGAGGCGGCUGCUGCGUCGGCGGCCGAGGUGCCGGGCGCUCUCCCGGCAGUGGCGAGGCAGGCGGAGGCCCGCCCCCGGCCCGGCUCCCGGAGCCCCCGCCGCCCCGCCCACUGCGGGCGGGGAGUGGGCGGGGAUCCAAGGCCCGACCCCGCCCCCGAGGGCGACCGGGGAGCCGAGGCGCGGCCCCCACCGUCCCCCCGCGCGGUGCGCCCGCCCGGCAGGUGCCCUCACAGAGGCGCGUUCCGGCUGUGGUCCCGCCCUCCAGCCCGUGCGAUUGGGCCGCUCCGGGGGUGUGCGGGAGGGGCGGGGCGCGCGCGGGGGAGCCGCGGCAAUGGUACGGUCCAUCCGCGGGGUUUCCGACCCCCGCCCACAACCGGCUCCCGGCGGUUCAAGUUUCUGCGCCCGGAGGACGCGGCCUUGGCCAAUCCCAGGGCUACAGGGCGCUUUUAAAAUGCAGGAAUGCUCGCCGUAUGCAGCCCACCUCUAUGAUGCCGAGGACCCGUCGACACCCCUGCGCACUGUGCCUGGGCUCUGCCAGGACUACUGCCUGACCAUGUGGCAGAAAUGCCGGCGGCUGCUCCGCCACUUCUCAACCGACAAGGCGCUCCGGGCGCUGGAGGACAACCGUGACAAGUUCUGCCACUACCUGUCCCUGGAUGACACGGACUACUGCUACCCUGACCUGAUGUCCAACAAGAACCUCAACUCAGACCUGGGCCACAUGGUGGCCGACGCCACGGGCUGCCUGCAGCUUUGCUUGGAGGAGGUGGCCAAUGGGCUGCGCAACCCCGUGGCCAUGGUCCACGCUGGCGACGGCACCCACCGCUUUUUUGUGGCCGAGCAGGUGGGGCUGGUAUGGGCCUACCUGCCCAACCGCUUCAGGCUGGAGAAGCCUUUCCUGAACAUAAGCCAGGCGGUGCUCACCUCGCCUUGGGAGGGCGAUGAGCGUGGCUUCCUGGGAAUCACCUUCCACCCCAGCUUCAAGCACAACCGCAAGCUCUACGUCUACUACUCAGUGGGGAUCCGCGCUGAAGAGUGGAUCCGCAUCAGUGAGUUCAGGGUCUCUGAAGACGACGAGAACGCCGUGGACCACAGCUCUGAGAGGAUAAUCCUGGAGGUGAAAGAACCAGCCUCAAACCACAACGGGGGCCAGCUGCUCUUCGGGGAUGAUGGGUACCUCUACAUCUUCACCGGAGAUGGCGGGAUGGCCGGAGACCCCUUUGGGAUGUUUGGAAAUGCCCAGAACAAGUCGGCGCUGCUGGGCAAGGUGCUGCGCAUCGACGUUGACCGCAAGGAGCGCGGCCUGCCCUACGGCAUCCCGCCCGACAACCCGUUCCUGGGAGACCCGGCUGCGCGGCCCGAGGUCUACGCCCUGGGCGUACGCAACAUGUGGCGCUGUUCCUUCGACCGCGGCGACCCCGAGUCGGGCGCCGGCCGCGGGCGCCUCUUUUGCGGCGACGUGGGCCAGAACAAGUACGAGGAGGUGGACCUGGUGGAGCGCGGCGGUAACUACGGCUGGCGCGCGCGCGAGGGGUUCCAGUGCUACGACCGCAGCCUGUGUACCAACGCCUCGCUCAAUGACAUACUGCCGAUUUUUGCCUACCCGCACACAAUUGGCAAGUCGGUCACCGGGGGCUACGUGUACCGGGGCUGCGAGUACCCCAACCUGAACGGCCUCUACAUUUUUGGUGAUUUCAUGACCGGGCGUCUGAUGUCCCUCCACGAGAACCCGGAGACAGGCCAGUGGCAGUAUAAUGAGAUCUGCAUGGGCCAUGGCCAGACCUGUGACUUCCCAAGCCUCAUCAACCACUACUACCCACACAUCAUCUCCUUUGGGGAAGAUGAGGCCGGGGAGCUGUACUUCAUGUCGACAGGGGAGCCAAGUGCCACAGCCCCACGCGGGGUCGUCUACAAGAUAAUUGACCCAUCCAGGCGGGCACCACCUGGCAAGUGUAAGAUCCAGCCUGCUAAGGUGAAGACGAGAAGCCGCCUCAUCCCCUUUCUGCCCAGAGAAAAGUUCAUCCCGAAGACACCGAGCACUCCGCGGCCUACAGUGCGGGCGCCCACUCAGGCGCCCCGCCGCAGGCGCCCCACAGCUACUGCGCCCCCGCCUACCCUGCGGCCUCCAAGGCCAGCACGGCCUACCCGGCAACCAGGGGGCCGGAGGGGUGGCGGGCGGCGGCGGGGACGGCUGAACACGGAGAGCCAGGCGUUCCGGGAUGGCGAGGUGCGCCUGGUGAGGCGCGCGGGCCUGCGCUCCGGCAGCGGGCGCGUGGAAGUGUUCGUGGGCGGACGCUGGGGCACUGUGUGUGACGACUCCUGGGACAUCAAUGGCGCUGCCGUCGUGUGUCACCAGCUGGGGUUUCCCUACGCCGUGCGCGCUGUCAAGAGAGCCGAGUUCGGCCAGGGUGGCUCGCUGCCCAUUCUGCUGGACAAUGUGCGCUGCAAGGGCUGGGAGCGCAACCUGCUGGAGUGCCAGCACAGCGGCGUGGGCACGCACGACUGCGAGCACGAGGAGGACGCGGGUGUCGUGUGCAGCCACCAGAACCCCGACCUGUAGGCAGCACGCCGCUGCCCCCAGGCCAUCCCGCCGGCUGAGGAGCCUGGCAGGGGCCGCUCCCGGCUGUGUGCACCCGACACGUGCACACACAUUCUAGGGUGAAGGGGGUGGAGGUGUGUGCUGUCCUGGGACAUGCGUGAGGCGCCGCAGUGCACGCGUGCCCUCUGCAGGCCCAAACAGGAGUGUGUGCUGGGGAGGGUGUGGACUCUGGGUGUGCAUGGUCCGUCACAGCCUGAGGAGUUCCUUUCUUACCUCCAAGCAUUCCAGACAUCAGCUGUGGGACCCUGAGGACUGAGGGCAGCCAGGCUUCAAGGAUGGACAUGGCCCCUGGCUAUGCUAAUAGAGGCACAGUGGUCAGACUGAGGGCCUGGGGGGAACCAGGCUUGUCCUGCCCACAGCUGGAGUGGAAGGUGCCAGAACAGCUGGAGGGUGGUUCAGAGAGCAUGGCCUGCUGGCCCCACAGUCAGGCACGGGAGAGAACCAGAAGGCAUCCAGUGGGAAAGGGAAAGCCUUCUGGCUGGUGGGUGCAGGGUGAGCUGCAGGCCUGGGGCCCCACCGGAGGGGCAGGCUGCGUGUCGGAGCCAGCACCUGCUCAGGGAGGCUGGCUGUGGGAACUGGAUGAUCUUCAAGGCCACGUGCUGGAGAAGCCUCUCAGCAGCAUACCCAGCCCUUGUGGGUGCUCCUGGGAUGACGCCAGCCUCCUCCAGUCCGGAGGCCUGACUCUUUCCUGCUCUUGGGGCAGAGCCCCCCACACUACCUGGGCAGAGCUUUCACCCUGGCCCUCCAGUGAGUGGGUGGGCCUCCACUACCUUCAAAGUGGUGUUUGGGCACUGGGGCCACCUCUGUCUUUCUCAUCCUCACCCCUGCUCAGUGUAAACCCAGGGGACCUUGUGAUUCCUCUAGCCCCACCUCGGGGCUGACCAGGCUGGGGGGCCAGUGAGACUACUGACAGUUUUCACCCAGGGCUAUGCCAACGAUAUGGCUGUUUCCACACUGCUCUCCAGCCUCCUCUCUGACCUGAGCCUGCGUGGGAGCUGGGGUGGGAAUCAGGAGAAAGGGGUGGGGUCUGCAGCUUCCCACCUGCAUUACAAGUAGAAACUCCUUUGCUCCAGGGAUGCUCAGCCCUGGCUCUGUGCCAGGCCACCAAGGGGCGCUAAGUCUGACUGCACUUAGCCUCGGAUGGGAGCACGGGUGGGGAUGGGUAAGCAGAUUAGUCAUCAGGGAGUGAGGACAGGAUGUGGCCCAUGUCGGGGGUUGGAAGAGGUCUGCAUUGGGCACCCAAACCCAACCUAUCUGUGGGGGCUUUGGGGAGGGGAUGACACUGUGCCAAGUUCUGGGAGCUGGCAGCAGGGGUGGCCGGGCAGGCACAUGGGGUAGGCGUGAGUCUGGCAGGGUCUCCUAGCUGUUAGUAAGUAUCCUGGGCUGCAGAAGAAAGCUUUAGGGUUACUGUCCUGGACUCCUCAUUUUCUGUGCUAGGUGGGGUUGUUGGGGCCCUGGGUGCCUGGGGCUUGUCUGGCCCUGUUGUGCCCCUCUUGGGAAUCAUGAUCAGCCCUGAAGCCAGUGUGGUCUGUGCACCGAGUGGUGCAGCACGUGUCAACGCUUUCAAGCCUCAGAGCAGCCUCCUUCUCCCCGCUACAGAAGGGGAAACUGAGGCACGCAGCAGUUAGAUAUCUUAGUUGAGGGCACCAAGCCAGGGAGGAAGAAGCCAAAUUUGAAUACAGCAGCUUAGUCUAGAGCCCCCACACCCUAACAACUGCCCUCCCCAGCUCCACUUUGCCUCAGAAAGGGGUAUGCUGGGGCUCCUGCCUGGUGUAGGGGUGCCAGCCUGGCAGCUGAUGGAGAUACUUGGGGCCCAGCAAGUGACCUUACUACUGGCCUCCUGCUCCUCUCCGGCCUCCAGCGGCACAGGGGUAGUUGAGUGAAUGUCUUCCCAGUGCACAGGGGAGUUCUAAACCCUGAUGCAGGGAGUGUUAGGAGCUAGCGGGGCCUUAGUGACCAUCCCAGCCAAAUUCCUCACUGUGCAGAUGGGGAGCCUUGCUCAGGGAGGCUGAGUGUCCUGGGCCUCUUGCCAGAUGAGGCCACACUGAGACUGGAGGCCAGGGAAGGUGCAGCAAACCUUAAGGCCCUCAGACAAUGGCUGAUCCAGGGCCCUGCAUGACUGGCCCCAGCAGCUGUUUUACUCAGACAUGGAUCAGGAGGGUUGGCAGAGGGCUCUCUGGGUAUGGCCUCAGGCCUCCAAUACUUCUCUGGGGAGUUCAGGCUUCAGCUCGUGAGUCCUCCAGGCCAGGCACUCUCCUUCCCCAGCCUCUAACCUGUCGCCUCUCAGGCCCCAAACUAGGCCUGGGCUAGGCUGCCCUGACUCCUGGGGCUGACUCCAAGGUCCCGAGGUCAGUGAUCCCCAACCUUUUUGGCAUCAGGAACUGGUUUUGUGGUAGACAAUUUUCCACAGACAGGGUUUGGGGUGUGGUUUCAGGAUGAAACGUCCUACCUCAGAUCAUCGGGCGUGAGGUUUUCAUAAGGAUUUCCCAACCUAGAUCCCUCGCAGGCACAGUUCACAGUGGGGUUCAUGUUCCUGUGAGGAUCUAAUGCCACUGCUGAUCUGACAGAGGCAGAACUCAGGCAGGUACGCUUGCUCCCCACACCACCCUCCCCCACUGCCACUCACCUCCUGCUGUGUGGCCUGGUUCCCAACCGGCCACCCAUUGGUAUUUGUCCAUGACCCAGGGUUUGGGAACCCCUGCCCUAGGUAGUAAUAAGAGUGGAUAGCUGACCUCUGCUGACACUACAUGCCAAGCACUGGUCUGAAAGUUUAAUAUACCAUUCACUCAUGUAAUCCUCAUAUUAACACACACUUACUCAGGUGGAAGCCGAGUCCCUUACCAAAUGUCACACAGCCAAAAUUUGAAUUUGAACCCAGGCAGUCCAGCUCUGGGACCCCACUGUAGGCCUUCUUGCUGGACCACCUCAAGGAUAUGGAAAGCCAUCCCCACCCCACUGGGACACAAGUUCAGGGAGGGCAGAACUGGCUCCCUGUCCAGUGCUUCUUUCACUCCAUGUUGGAAACAGUUGCUCAGUGCUGCAAAGAAAAAUCAGCACUGAGGCAAAGGAUCUCUCAGCAAAGCAAUUUUUACUUCCUGCAGGAAGGGUACCCUCGCUAGCCAUCUUGCCACAAGAGUACAACAAACAAAGGAAAAGCAGACAUAUUUAUCCCUUACCCAUUUUGAGUUGUCCUUACUCCUGUGUCUGAUCUCUAUUGGUUGGAGCCAGACCUCACAAUCUAAACUAAAACCCGAUUGGCUAAUAACUUAAAACUUUUUUAAACAGGCAAAAGCAAUGGAAAACAAAAAGAAGUUCAAAUAAGGAAUAGGCAUAGGCUGCUAGCUGGGACAUGCCUGUGAGCACAUAUCUUGGUUAAACUUUAACAGAUAUCUUGGUUAAAGUACAAGGAUAUAGAAUAUACUAUGUGCAUGGCAUGUCUAUCAGCUACAUAGGAUAGGGCUUAACAAAGAGUUAUUAGCAAGAAACAAGAGGGAUUUAUUCUUUAACAAAAAAGGAAACUCUGAAGAGGAACUUUUCUACUUCCUACACUCUACCACCUACAGCUGGUCCCUGAGGGAGCAUUCACAAGUGAUUCUGUCCCCAGGGACUCCAAUCUUGCCUUAAAGUCCUCCAGGGCCUCUGGCAAUGGGGGCUGGUCUGGGCACAGCCAUCACCCUCACCCCCUCUAAUCCAGCCUGCAGUUAAUAGCCAGGAUCAAAUUCCCAGAGAGGGGCUGCCCUGCCCAGUGCCACACAGCUUAGCUCCAGAGUCUCAGGGUCAAUGCUACAGGGGUGACCCAGGGUCCAGGACAGUGUUCAAGGCAUCAGCCAGAAGUCACAACACCCCAGGCCCUAGACUGAGCCUAGGGGUCUCUGUGUUUAUAACUUGGAAAUGUUUGGGAGGUUCAUGGAAGUGGAAACUGGGUUCCAGUCCUGGCUCUGUGCCUCUCUGAGUCUCAUUGCAAAACAGAGGUCACCAGAAGGAUUAUUGGAUGAAAAAUGAGGUCACGUUGCAGAUGUGCCUGGCAUGUACACUCCAGGUUGCUUCCUGGACAGAAAGCUCAAUCCGAGGCUGGUGGCAUCCAUGCUGGCAGCUGCGAACUGUCCACAACAGAGUGAGGAGGGGCAUGCCACAUGGAAGACCAGCAUCAGAAUGACAUGGGAGGAAACCCUCACGAUAGCAAGAAAAAUACCUCCCUUAGUCUAAUAUGUAGAACCCAAGUCUUCUUAUGGGGGCAUCUGUUCCCUCACCCCUCCUCCCCUGCUGAGAACUAGCUUUUAAUGAACGCUUAUUACACACCAGCUACCUCAGCUGUGUUAGCUCAUUUCAUCUUGACAACAGCUCCAUGAGACACCCUCCAUAUCACUGUCCCUCUUUUCUAGACCAGGACAGAUUCCUAGAGUUUUAUGUAAGUGGUCCCCAGGGCUUUAGAGGCAAGUUUGCACUAAGGCCCAUUCUCCCAGAGCCUGAUCCUUCUCCCUCCCUGGACGACUGCACCUCCACCCUGCCAGGCCACCCAUGUAAAGGCAGCCAAUUCAGAGCCACCUCUUAUGCCUGCAUAUCCCCCAACAACUCCUGCUGGGAAACCACUUCCUGUAUAGUGUCAUCCACACUGGUGAUUUUCAAGCCUGAGAAGAAUCAAGUUCUAUAGGGCUGCUUAAAACACAGGUUGUUAGAUCCUGUCUCUCAGAGUUCUUGACUCUGUCUUGGUCGGGAAUCUGCAGCUCUAGAAGCUCCUGGGUAGUGCUAAUGCUGCUGUUCUAGGGACCACAGUCACUGUCCAUACUGGUGCUAUCCAGUAGAAAGAUAACGUGAGCCAAAGAGGUAACUUAAAAUCUGCUAUUAGCCAUGUUAAAAAGUAAAAUGAAACAGGUAAAAUUAAUUUUAAUAUUUUAUGUAACCCAACAUAUUCAAAAUAUUAUCAUUUUAACAAGCAACCCAUAUAUGGAUAUCAAUGACUUUUUCUGAGACAGGGUCUGGCUCUGUCACCCAUGCUGGAGUGCAGUGCUGCUGUCACUGCUAACUGCAGCCUCAGUCUCCCAGGCUCAGGUGAUCCCUCCAUCUUAGCCUCCCGAGUAGCUGGGACCACAGGCAUGUGCCUCCACGCCCAGCCAGCAGGGUCUCCCUAUGCUGCCCAGGCUGGUCUUGAACUCAUGUUCUCAGGAGAUCCUAUUGCCUUUGCCUCCCAAAGUGCUGAGAUUACAGGUGUGAGCCACUGUGCCUGGUGACCUCAUUUCCCCACUCUUAUUUUGUAUUAAUUUGUAGAAUCUAGUGUGUAUCUUACACAUAGCACAUCUCAGUUGGACUAGCCACAUGUGGCCAAUGGCUGCCAUAUUGGAUAGCUUACUCCAGACCCUCCAGUGAAGGAGCAAGUCGUUGGCCACAUGCUUCCAGGCAGCACCCUCUGCUGGUGUCUGGCAGGGCUGCCCACCCGGGAUAAGGGCCUUCAGCCCUGGGACCUGGAGCCUUGGUGUGCACCUGUGUUCCCUUGCCCGAUCACAGGAUAGCUGGAAGCAUCAAAUGAGAGGUGAUAGGAUAGCUGUGGGCUUGGUGCCUAGGGAGAGGGGAGACUGUUGGCUCACAACAGAUGGGGACAGGGACUGCUCUGGAAGUGCUGCCCCUGGGGUAAGCCAUGGUCAUGCUGAGCUGAUGUGAAAGAGAACAUGUAUACCCCUUUCCUUAGCCAUAUUUGGAGAGGUUCAUGCUGAGCACUGCUCCCUGAUGCUGCUCUACACCUACUUCCUAUGGGGCUCUAGGCUGGGCCUGGAGCUGUUGAGGACCUGGCUCUUCCCUCAAGGAACUGUUGUAGUAGGUAGUCAGGCAGACAUGAACAGGGCAGGACUGCCAGCCAGGAAUGUCAGGCAGCCAUCAGAUGAUGGUCAGGCAGUUGAUAAACUGCUUCUCUAAAAUAAUUGGCCGCUGCCAGUGUCAGGGAGAGGCAAUCUCCCAAUAGAUAGAAGCAUCUGAAGCUGGUGAUCAACUUCCCGGUAAGAUCUCCGGAGCUGGGCGAGUGGGCUCAAGCAUGCGCACUAACAGUGUUGGAAACAGAUGCUGGGUGCCGCAAAGAAAAUCAGCACUGAGACAAAGGAUCUUUUAGCAACUCAAUUUUUACUUCCUGGACCGCAGGAAGGGUACUCUCACUAGCCAUCUUGCCAGGAGAGUACAGUGAACAAAGGAAAACACACAUUUAUCCCUUACGCAUUUGGGGUUGUCCUUACUACUCUGUCUGAUCUCCGUUGGCUGGAGCCAGACCUCACAAUCUAAACUAAAACCCGAUUGGCUAACACCUUAAAACUUUUCUAAACACGUAAAAGCAAUGGAGAGCUGGGACAUGUCUGUGAGCAGGUCCAGCACAGAUAUCUUGGUUAAAGUAUAAGGACACAGAAUGUACUACGUGCCUGUAAGCAUGGCAUGUUUAACAGCUGCAUAGGAUACGGCUUAACAAAGUUAUGAGCACACUUAUUCUUUAACAAGAAAGGAAACUUUAAAAAGGAACUUCCCACAAUGAGGCAAAAUGGCAGCGAUUAAAACUGGUAGAUGAGCUUCCUCUAGGAACACUGGUAAGGGAAAAACACCUCAAAUGAGCACGCACCUAACUUCAGUAAACACACUAUGUAUUCGACUCCUCCCAGGUGCUGAGAGGCCACUGCGCAAACAGACAGCCCACCCCAAGGGAGGAAUCAGGGGAGAAGAGAGAUGCAGUCCCCCGGAAGCAUGCCUAUUUGAAGUCAAAGGUCAAGCCACGCACUUGACUCUCUCAAGUCACCUGCUUGGCCCUCUUCUAAGUGUACUUUACUUCCUUUCAUUCUUGCUCGAAAACUUUUAAAUAAAUGUUCAUUCCUGCUCUAAAA